UCUUCCUUUAGCUCUCUCGCCGCCUCCUCCCGCGGCGAAGCGGAGGCGGCCGGGGACAGCGGCCGGACGGGCCACCGAGGCCGCGCAGAAGGUCUCUCCCUGGGAGCGCGGAGCCGGGGCGCGGCGGGUGUCCUGCCCGGAGCGAUGGAGCCGGCCUUCGGGGAGGUGAACCAGCUGGGAGGAGUGUUUGUCAACGGGAGGCCGCUGCCCAACGCCAUCCGGCUUCGCAUCGUGGAACUGGCCCAACUGGGCAUCCGACCGUGUGACAUCAGCCGCCAGCUCCGGGUGUCCCACGGCUGCGUCAGCAAGAUCCUGGCGCGCUACAACGAGACGGGCUCGAUCUUGCCCGGAGCCAUCGGAGGCAGCAAACCCCGGGUCACCACCCCCACCGUGGUGAAGCACAUCCGGACCUACAAGCAGAGGGACCCCGGCAUCUUCGCCUGGGAGAUCCGGGAUCGCCUGUUGGCCGACGGCGUGUGUGACAAGUACAACGUGCCCUCGGUGAGCUCCAUCAGCCGCAUCCUGCGCAACAAGAUCGGCAACUUGGCCCAGCAGAGCCACUACGACUCGUACAAGCAGCACCAGCCCGCGCCGCAGCCUGCGCUGCCCUACAACCACAUCUACUCGUACCCCAGCCCUAUCUCGGCAGCCACGGCCAAGGGGCCCACGCCGCCCGGGGUGCCCGCCCUCCCCGGCUCGGUGGCCAUGCCGCGCACCUGGCCCUCCUCACACUCGGUCACCGACAUCCUGGGCAUUCGUUCCAUCACCGACCAAGGAGUGAGCGACAGCUCCUCCUACCACAGCCCCAAGGUGGAGGAGUGGAGCAGCCUAGGCCGCAACAACUUCUCUGCCACUGCCCCGCACGCUGUGAACGGGCUGGAGAAGGGAGCCUUGGAACAAGAAGCCAAGUACGGUCAGGCACCAAAUGGUCUCCCAGCGGUGAGCAGUUUCGUGUCAGCAUCCAGCAUGGCUCCUUAUCCCACUCAAGUAUCACCGUACAUGACCUACAGCGCUUCUCCUUCUGGUUAUGUGGCUGGACAUGGGUGGCAGCAUGCCAGUGGCACACCACUUUCCCCCCACAACUGUGACAUUCCCACAUCUCUGGCAUUCAAAGGAAUGCAAGCAGCCAGAGAAGGUAGUCACUCUGUUACGGCUUCAGCUCUCUGAUGGCUAAUUCCGUCUGCAGCAGCUUCACCUGGGCCCCCACUCUAGGCAAACCUUCCCCCUCCCCGCCCCCACGGCCACACUCCUUGGGUCCCGCCCCUCCUGCUCUCCAAUGCUCCUGCCUCAAAAGGUAGCUUUAAGGACCGGAGCCUUUGUGCUGAUGACACUUAAAUAUUUCUUGCCAUAACUUCUCUCUUACAGACAACCUGACAUGACUUUGGAUUUAAAGACAAAAUCAAUGUUAAGGAUUGAAUGAGGCAUUUGUGUUGCCCACACACUGUUGUAACUAACGUAGUGAAGACACCUGUACCCCUCAAAGGGCUUAAGGAACUUUUUAAAAAAUAGUCUUUGGUAAAACCACAUGUGUAUAUUUAUUCUAAAUCAACCUGAACUUUUGAAAUGUGCAAUUGUUGAGAUUUUGCAAAAUCAAUAAAGGAAACUACAUCUAAAAAAAAAAAAGCUAUGCUACACCCUCUAAUCAAGUAAGAUGGUGGUCAAAUAAGCCAUGCUUCAUCAUUAGGAAACCAAUCAAUAAUUGACUUGACUUGAGUGAUCAUUUGUUUAUUUUUAAGAGGCAAUCUGUUUUGUUGAAAAAAAAAAUACGUACACCACAUAAGCAAUAUCUGAAUCUAGCUCCUCCUGGUGUUUUGACUUGGUUCUCAAUACAAUGAUGUUUAUAUUUUCUGUUACUUUGUAAAUACGUACUCUGGAUGGUGCAUUUUUAUUUGCAUUUCCUGGGACAUCUAGCCCUCAACUCCUUUCUCUCUCUCUCUCUCUCUCUCUCUGUCUCUCCCUCCCUCCUUCUAAAGGUGACUUUUUGGCAAUGUCUUUGUUUCUGUUUGGUGGUAGGCUGCUUAGGCUCCUGGACUUGCCCCCCAAUUUGUGUGCGUGUGUGUGUGUGCGUGCGUGUGCGUGUGUGCGCACGCGCGUGCAGUGAAGGCUUCAACAUCUCAUGAAGGACAUUUACUUCCUACAGCAGAAAAUUCAAAAAACCAGAUAAAACAAGCCUGUCUCCCAUUUUGUUUUCUAAUCAGAAAAUAUACCUGCCAAGCAUAUAAAGACAAGAGGGUGGAAAAUAUCUGAAUGGGGUUCUAAAGGAAGUCACUUAGAAACUUAACAUUUAAUGUGAAAUGCUUUGCAAAGAUAAGUAAAUGAACUUUAUAUUAAGAGAACCACUGUGAAAUGAAAUUGUACUGUUAUUGUUGGCUUACCUGUGUGUUCAGCAAUCUCAGACCAAAAUUAUGUUGUAAUUUAAAGACAAAUGGAAACUUCUGCUCUAAUGAAUGUAAAAAAAAAAAAAGGGCUUGCUGUGAAGUUUAUGUUGUUGUAUAGAAGCAUAUUUCACAUGUAAGUAAACUGGUGGUGGUAUCAGAAAUACAAAUGCUGUUUAAUGUUAACGAAUCCCAGUUUUCAUGUUAGGAGUUACA